AAACAUGCCGGAAAACGAGUACCAAGGCAUUAGGUUUCCUGGUGAAAUUUCUAAGGAAACUUUGGAUGCAAUACCUGACUACCAUGUCCGAGACGACGACAUUUUCAUCGUGACCUACCCAAAAACAGGUACAAACUGGAUGAUGGAAAUAGUGAGCAAGGUCAUGAAAGCUGCCGGAAAGAUGGCUACACCUGAAGAACACUCCAUGUGGUGUUUCGAACUGCACAUGCCGGGGCUUGACGAAAAACCACGUCACGAACUUAUAAAGGACGCGCCAUCUCCACGUAUCAUCCACACACACCUACCACGGCAGCUGGCCCCAAAAAUGGUCGCCAAUCCUACAGGAAAGAUAAAAGUGAUUGUAGUGAUGAGGAAUCCAAAAGACACGGCUGUGUCUUUUUACCACUACGAGAAGAAAAUGUUCAAGGAGUACAGCCGCCCCGGCGAUGUUGUCCCUAAACGUUACGAAUCUUGGGAAGCCUAUGCAGACGACUUUCUAAAGGAAAAGUGCAUUUUUGGUGACGUCUACGACCACGCCCUCGGCUGGUGGCAGAUGAAGGAUGACCGCCAUUUUCUCUUCCUGAAGUAUGAAGAUAUGAAGAAGGACCUGCGCAGUGUGGUCAGCGAGGUCGCUUCUUUCCUGGAGACCAGCCUAGACGACGCUGCCGUCACCAACAUUGCCGAGUCAUGCACUUUUAACACUCUAAAGGCAGCCUGGAGCAAUUCAGGAUCAGUUAUGAAAGAAAACAUCUGCAGAAAAGGUAUCAUUGGCGAUUGGAAGAGCAUGUUCACGCCGGAGCAAAAUGAAGCCUAUGAUGCCAAGCACAAGCUCAGGCUGGAUGGGACUGGUCUGGAGUUUGAUUUUGAGUAGUACCGUGCAUAUGUGCGUGUAGCAAAUGUUAGGAUAGAGGUCGCGGCCCGGCUGAGUCACUGAUUCUGCCUGUGUCAAGCCAUAUGCAUCACCCUGCCAAAUACAUGACUCCGACACUACUUGGGGGUUUCUAAUAUACCCAAGACAAGGGGAUUGGAGGGGUUAAGUGGUGAUGUGGGAGACUAAACCUAACAUAACCCCAAUCGUAAGUCGUACCCCUAGCCCUGAACGAUGAUUCCGAACCCUAACCCGAACCCGAACACCAGCCCCUAACUUUAACCAUAGCCCUAACACCUUACCUCUCACGUAUGUGACAGAUCAAGGAUUUGGCUCAACACCGGUAGAGAUCCCUAUCUCAUCUGGGGAGUGAAUCCUGAUUGUCAAGCAAGUAAAUUCAUUGAUAUACUAGUAUAUGCAAUAACACAGGAACACACGAAAUCAAGUCUAGUGCUGGGUAGGCCUUGUCUUAGUCCAAGGUUAUUAUUUGGGGAGUAUCACACAUUCAGUUCAGUUGUAAAGACAAACAAACAUGCAUAAUAUUACAUCUGAAGAACAUGUCAAUAGCCUUUGGUGGAGGAGGGUUGAGAUGUACAAUAAAAUAAUACAUGGUCUGGCUACCAGCUCUUAUUUCCACUUUUUGGCACGUUGACUUGGGAGAAACAGC